AAUCCACUCUGACAAUACCAGAAGAUCGUCAAUGGCGGACGGCUAUAGGAAGCCGGCGAUGAGCCUCAAUCAGCUUCACAGCCGAUAUCUCGUCGACCUCUCUGCUUCUCAACCUAAUAAACCCAAACCAAAACCAGUCGAUGAUGUAAUCCAAUCAACGGUAAAGCCCAAUGAGAGAUUUGACGAUGUUCCCCGAUUUGACUUCGGUACUCCUUCUCCGCCUGUUCAAGUGAAUGAUGAAGAGCCUGUGUCAAAGAUGAAGGAAUCAUCUCCGUGCUUGUAUGGUGGCUUUUCCGACUUUGAUUCCCCUUCUUCCGUUCUUGGUAUGUAUUCUGACCUCUCUGUAAUUUUAGGGGAAAUAAAAUUGCAGCAGUAGUAGCUAUGGUGGGCUGGUGAACAAGGCUGAUGAACAAGACGAAGACCUUUGUUGUUUUUUUUUUCUUUUUUUUCUUUUUUUUUUUUAAUUUUUUAUUUAUUCUAUUUAACAUUUAUUCAAUUUUAAAAAUGGAAAAGACGUCAAUAGCCUUGGAUUUGUCAUGUGCGACGCACAUGGGUUGAGAACCGGUCAUUUUGACCUGCAAACCGGCAAAAAAGGGUAAAGUGGC